GCCGGUCAGACCUUGAAGAACUCUGUGCUCUUGCUGAAUAUUUGUCUUGCUCUGAAAUCACACUCUAAACUGAUAGAAUGCAGAUCUCCAUGGUGGCCCUUUGCCUGCUGCUGCUCACUGCCUGCUGUACCCAAGUUCAGUGUGGACCAGGAGGUAACUUUUCACCAGAAUCCUGCUGUUUUAUUUAUGCCAAGAAGCAACUGCCUAUAAGAAUAUUCAAGGACUAUUAUAUCACCAGCAGCUUUUGUUCCAACCCUGGCGUUAUAUUCAGAACAAUCAAAGGAAAAGAUAUAUGUGCCCAACCAAGUGACAAAUGGGUGACUGAUUAUAUGACAAAGCUGGACAAGAAUGCUCUUUCUCUAUAACCUGAGAUUUCGGGUGUAUAAGCCAAAGAACUCAUGUCUCGUCACCUGCAAAAGCUGCUGUGCCAUUUGAGUUAAGAACUGAGCAACUGCUUAAAAUGGGGUCAUUUGCAAUGGAUGUCCAAUUCGAUUUUUUUAGAAUCUUUAUUUAUAUUUUAAAUCAUUCUUUGUAUAAAUACCUUUUGUAUAUUAAUUUAUUGUUGAAUUGAGUACAUUGACUACAAAAUAAAUGUAUAUUUUUUCUAAUAA